CUGCUUCGACGGAUGCACAGUAACAAGAGAAUUGUGUUUCCAAAAGCAUCCGUCUCCUUUCAUGACUAUCAUCGUCUGUCCGCGUUGAUGAUAGCUUGCGAACAACAAGUGCAACUGUUGGUGAACAAGGCUAGAACGAUAUCGAUCGUGAUUGGUCGCGUCUCGUUCACUCAAGAUGGGCUCAGUCGGUGAUGUGACAACGCAAGCACUUGCCAAACGACAUAGGAACAGACGAGCACCUCGAGCUUGCCAGCCUUGUCGCUCUAGAAAGGUCCGCUGUGACGUGACGAAGACGAAGACUACGUGCACCAAUUGCAGACUUGACAACAAGGAAUGUGUACUUCCAGUCAGCAAAAGGCGGCACCUCGGGGAUCGAGUCUUGUGCUCGUCUUUUCUAGAAGCAAGUCACCCGCAGAGUCCGAUUUGCGACGUGAUUAUCGACUUCGCCGACGUCAACAAGGCUCCCACAACGAGCAAAACCCCGAUCCCGACACAUCGCGACCAUGAAGAAAUGCGGUUGGGGGUCUUCAGCAUCUCAGGGAACGACCUGACCAUGCCGCAGACAACGGACAUCUUCGGCUCAUCAGAGAGCAUGGAAUCUUGGGUGAACGACUUCCAGUUAGACAUGGGCACAUAUCCAUCCCCGCCGUACACAGCAGCGAGUGAACACUACCAGACAGUACUGCCUCCGUAUAUUGAUGCUUUGUCUAAGGACAUCUCAAUGGAGGACCGAGAGUUCCUCCAGAGCAAAGGAGCUUUCGACCUUCCUGACGCACCAACUCGAGACUUGCUACUCCAGGCAUACAUCAUGUGGGUGCAUCCACUCAGCCCCAUGCUCGACCUUCAAGGUAUCUUGGCUGCAGUCUUCAGUAAUGGUAGCAAGGGAAGAGUCAGUCUUCUUGUCUUCCAAUCUCUGCUUUUUGCUGCUACCGCUUUCUCAAGCAGCAGCUUGGGGUAUGUCGACCAGCGUGCGGCGAGAAAAGCCUUCUAUGACCGCGCCAGACUGCUCCAUGACUUCGACAUCGAAUCAGAUCGCUUGGCCAUCACCCAAUCUGCCGUUUUGUUGAGCUUCUGGGAAGGUGACUCUACCGAGGUGCGCGACAGCUACUACUGGGUUGGAAUUGCUACUUUGCACGCGGCUAGUCUUGGGUUGAACUCCGACCCAACGCCUGAAUCCUUGGAACCAAGUCAGCGGCGAGCAUUCAAGCUUACCUUUUGGUCACUGCUUAUCAGAGACCGUCUCAUAGCGGUGACGCUGAGAAGACCGGUCCAGAACACGGACUCUAGGCUCAAACAGCCCAUGUUGCUCAUGGAAGAUUUCGAACUCGAAUCACUUUUUGAGGCGUUGCAAGACACAUCGCUGGUUCCAGACUUGAAAAAGGAUGACUUGGAAACGCUAGCGAGUUGUUGCAUGGCCUUGGGACAACUUUCCGAAUACAUUGAUAAGGUUUUAUCAUCGCAAUAUGCGCCUCAGACAGCUCAGGAUGCAUCCGGACACCGCCCUGCCGUGGUCUCGCUCGUCCCCAGAAUGGUUGGGCCGAAACAUGUCGACAUCAAAACAUGCGGCAACGAGCUGCAGACUUGGUAUACAUAUUUGCCCUUUGAGGUUCGCCGAUUCCAACCUGGGACUGUAGGCGCGGACGACGAGCAUAAGAUCGUCCAAGUUCAUAAAGCUUUGCUCGAAGGAUACUAUUCGAUGACCCUCAUGACAAUGUACAGACCCCUACUCACCCCAUCGCAACGGCGUCAGAUCGAUACAAAGAUGAGCAAUACCGCUGCGAGACUGGUCAUGCAGGCAACCAGGUCAAGUACGGACGUCUUCGGCGGACUGUACGCACAAAAUCUGAUACAAUUCCUGCCGGAUACCGCCAUCGCAGUCUUGGAGCCAGCAGUGGUCACCCAUUUGGUGUACAGCAUGUCGGAGGAUCCAGAUGUUCGAGAAAUCAGCUUCCAGAAAUUUUACCUCUGCUGGCGCAUCCUGCUCGAAUUCAGAAAAUCAUAUCACAUUGCCGACACGACAAUAGCCAUGUUGAACGCUGCAGCACAGAGACUAAAAGAAAAUGUAGGACAGAGUCCAUUGCUGUCCGGUGGAAGGGCCCCAACGAUGGACAAGACAUGUGCAUCAGCCAGACCCGGCGCUGAAGUUGUGAAUAAAGUUCCUUUCAUGGGACUCGUGGAUAACAACAAACUUGUGCCUUUUUCGACACCGGAAGAUAUCAUCCUGGAUGGUUUACUCAACAAUCAGGAUGAUAAUCCCGAAAGUUGUGCGACCGACGAAAUCCUCGCGUCUGAGUUCGUGCUGGACAACGACUUCGAUCCGCUGCCUUGAGGGAAUAGAAUGGGGCCUGAUUGGUAGCUCUGCUCCAGAUGACAUAAAAAUUAGUCGUAGCUGGCUGGGAGCUUUGGGCGACGAGACAAGGAGAUAACCCAGGUCUCAGGUAAUUUCGGGCUGCCAGAUGAGAUCUUCCCAUAUCCAGGCCUGAGUAGUGUUGUCAAAAGUGUUGGAAGUCCUAAUAUCUUGUAACGAUAACAGCGCAUCGCUAAAAUUGCCGGUGCAGAUAUCACGAGGAAUUUCUGGCGUGUGUUGAUGGAAGAUUCCUGAGGUGUCCAGAUCCGAAGUCUCAUAGUUACUGGACAUUGGAGGAUCAAAGUCGACCCCUUGAAAACGUUGCUGUCUGGCUUGGUUGACCUUGUUGAGCGAUUCAUCGACGGACUGGCCUCCGUGGACAGUUUCGGUGGUAUUCGUCUUGGCUGAGGCGUCUCCCUCAACCAGCAAAGCCUUCAUCUCCUCAGCAAGGAUCAGCCGGAGGAGCUCCUCCAGAAUAACGCCGCACUGGUCGGAGAUCGUUGUUCGGUACUUGUGUAAACUUGGGAGUUUGAUUAUCUUGCUUACAGCACGUUUCGCUUGGUGGGCUUGGUCGGACAAUGGGUCGGAGAGAGCGAAAAUGCCGAGUACCACCCCAGCAGUAAAUGAUUGGAUUCCAACGUAUGCGCCUCCAUGGGUAUUGCGUGAAGACGAGAGUAUUUCAGCAUAGUCUCCAAUCCGCGAUGUUCUGAUGGAAGACACCCAGCAUUGGUACCUGCUUGUUUUGAUCAUGUCGUUUGGAUCGUUCACGGUGUAGUCGUUGGCGUCGCCAAAUGUUCCUUGACUCUGUGUGGUGCUGUUUGUUGGUGGCAAUGUAGGUGCUCGGUUCAGUGUCAGCAGAGGGCGAUGCAACACUAGCUGAAUGUUGUCGUAAGACAGCUGGAGGACAAGAGCCUGGAGCUGGAAGAUCUUGAUGAUCUGUUGGUUCCGCUCGCCACUGACAGGGACUGUGAGGUUCUGCAGGCGUAGUUCCUGUGGAAUACUCUUUUCCCACUGCUGCAAACGUCUGUUGAUAGCUUUUAUCUCACUAACAAUAUAGUUCAAAGCUG